AUGUGCUGCUGGCGCAAGAACUCGUGGGGCGUGCGGGUGCGGGCGAUGCUGGCGCACGCCAACACCGACUACUGGAGAUCUGGCAGCGGAGUGCGACGCGCGUACCGCUACGGCGGCUGUCCGCCGUCAGGGCCGGCGACCUGGCGCGCUGCGGCGGGGCUGGCCCCCGGCGCCGCCCCGGCGCGCGACGGCUCGUCGCCCGCCACCGCGCCCGCCGACGGCCCCGCCCCCGCGCAGCCGCCACCGCAGCAGCAGAACUGCCCGCGCAGCGCCGCCCCCGCCACCGCGCCCGCGCCGACCGGCGAAGGGGACGCGGUAGCAGUGCCCGCGUCGGGGCCCCCAGGGGAGGUGGGCCCUCAGCCCCCCGACGGCGACGGCGACAGCAACGCCACGGCGGACGUGUGCGACAACAGCAACCUGGUGGACUCGGCGCUGCCGCCCGCAGACCACAAGCAGCAACGCAUCAGCGAGCUCCAGCGUCUCAAGGCCAACUGUCGGCCCGAGGAGCUGCACAAGCUCAAGCUGCGAUGCGAGAUCAUAGUUCGGGAUUGCAUUGCUGGUCUGCUGGUAAAUCUAUCCAUUCAGGAUUUUAAAGAAGUAGAAGAAGAGCUCAAUAGAGCCGUUUGCUGGUACCUGACGUGUGACCGCUAUUGGGAGGAUACUCCAGGGGACACUCGUCACUUCCCCUGGGGACUGGUCUUUGUGUUAGUCAUGGUACUCUCUCUUGGUAUCUGCCUGUGUUACUACAUCAUUUGGGUGUUAUUUGAAGUCACUGAUCCUUUAGUGUUCUCCACCUUCUCUAGCUCUGAUGACUUAAGUGUAGCAUCUACAAGUGCUACUGCAACUGCUACAUCAUCCCCAGUACAUCAAGCAAAUUCCACAACAGUGAGACCGUGUUAUUCUGAAGAAUAUUAUACAAUGCCAGAUAUGAAUGACAUGGGACAAAAUGAACAUUAUAUAUAUGUAACUUAUCCUCCUGAACUCAAGAGAAGACUGCUAGAG